UCCGGAUUUUUAAUAUUUUGUGUUUUAUGUGCAUUUUUAUUAAUAAGCAUUCCAAAACCAAGUGAAAAAAGAAUUAUUUUAUGUUCUGCAUCCGUAAAGCAUACUGUUGAUGAAAACAGGCAACCAAAAUUUGUGACUAAUGCCGUGGAAUAUCGAUUGAUGCAAAUGCUGAACUUACCAAUAAAUAGUUGAAUAUUGUAUUGAUUCCAGUUGCUACGAAAUAAGGCCUAUCCAGUUUUGCCUAUGUUUCCAGCACCACAAAGCUAUCAGCAACAACCCGCGGGGGACAGCGAAAGAAGAGUGGAUUUGAAAUCGUUAGAUUUCACUUUGACCAAACGGCUCUUGGCAGCUGUAUUUUUCCUUCUACUGAUAUACGCUUGGAAACAGUAUUUCGAGGACCAAAAUCAAUCGAAUAAAACAUACAACUGAAAUCUCUAGAGCACAUUCACGCACAAUGAGCAACAGAAAAGUGUCCUACUUCUUCAACCCGGACGUAGGUAAUUUUCACUAUGGCCCAGGACAUCCGAUGAAACCGCACCGCCUCUCAGUCAUACACCAUAUGGUAAUGAACUACGGAUUGCAUAAAAAAAUGCAAAUUUAUCGACCUUAUAAAGCCAGCGCGCAUGAUAUGUGCCGUUUUCACAGUGAUGAAUAUAUCGAGUUCUUGCAGCAUGUAACGCCACAAAACAUCCAGGGCUUUACGAAAUGCCUUUCGGUUUUCAACGUCGGUGACGAUUGUCCGGUAUUUGACGGACUGUUCGAAUUCUGCGCCAUGUACACCGGAGCGUCACUGGAAGGCGCACAGAAGCUAAAUCACAAUCACAGUGACAUCUGCAUCAACUGGUCCGGGGGCUUACAUCAUGCCAAAAAGUUUGAAGCUUCCGGAUUCUGCUACGUGAACGACAUUGUGAUCGGCAUUCUGGAGCUGCUCAAGUACCAUCCGAGAGUGUUGUAUAUCGACAUUGAUGUUCAUCACGGUGACGGCGUGCAGGAAGCGUUCUAUCUUACCGAUAGAGUUAUGACGGUUUCCUUUCACAAGUACGGAAACUAUUUCUUUCCUGGUACUGGGGAUAUGUACGAAAUCGGAGCUGAAUCUGGUCGCUACUAUUCAGUGAAUGUUCCACUGAAGGAAGGAAUUGACGAUCAGAGUUACGUGCAAGUCUUUAAACCAGUCAUUUCUGCCGUUAUGGAAUUUUAUCAACCAACUGCUAUUGUUUUGCAAUGCGGGGCGGACUCUCUGGCUGGCGAUCGUCUCGGUUGCUUUUCCCUUAGUACAAAAGGACACGGCGAAUGUGUAAAAUUUGUGAAAGAACUAAAUGUUCCCACAUUGGUUGUGGGCGGAGGUGGCUACACCUUGCGGAACGUGGCUCGCUGCUGGACGUACGAAACGUCGCUUCUUAUAGACGAGACGAUAUCGAACGAACUGCCUAUGAACGAUUAUCUAGAGUUCUUCGCACCUGACUUCACGCUGCAUCCGGAUAUUCCCAGUCGACAGGACAAUGCCAACAGCAAACAGUAUCUGGAAGCCAUUACAAGGCACGUGUAUGACAAUCUGAAAAUGUGUCAGCAUGCACCGAGUGUGCAGAUGUUCGACAUUCCUGAGGAUGCUCUGCCGGAAGAGGUGAAAGUAAAGGAAGAACCCAACCCUGAGGCAAGGAUGACUCAGGAAGAAGAGGACAAGCAAGUUGAACCCAAAAACGAGUUUUUCGAUGGCGAAAAUGAUAAUGAUAAAAGUGAAAAUGAACCUUAGCAGUAACCUGAAUGCUUAGGUGGGUUUGCAGGCUAAAACUAUCAACUCAUGGGAUGCAGACGGAAAGAUAAAAGUUUUUUUACGUAAUCUUAAGCAAGCUUAAGCUUAAUCGUUGUCUACGAUGAAAAACAUUUUUUUUAUUGUGAGU